AUGGGCGUUGAAAAGACAAUUUUGGAAAACGGCAACGGCGUCGACUACCCUAAGGUGGGUGAGCGCGUCGCUAUCCACUACCGUGGCUGCCUCUACGAUCCCUCUAAGGAGGCUGAGCACUUCAUGGGCGCCGACGCGGUACCCCCCCUCGCCACCCCCAUCGGUGUCGGUCGUCUCAUCAAGGGCUGGGACCAGGGUGUCCCCCAGAUGUCUCUCGGUGAGAAGGCUAUCCUGACCAUCUCUCCCGACUUCGGCUACGGUGCCCAGGGCUUCCCCGGUCUCAUCCCCGCCAACUCCCAGCUUGUCUUCGAGGUCAAGCUUGUUUCCAUCGGAACCAAGAGCAUCUAA